AUGGAACCAUACUCAGAUGCCUAUUUCACAGAGCAGCCCGGCAUGGAAGACUCAAAGGCGGCGGAUGGCGGCAUCGUCAAUGGUGGCAAGAUAAUCAAAAAAGAGGCCAACGAGGACAGUGAUAGGAUGGAUCUCAUGGAAGAUGAUGCCCCACCUCCACCAAAACUUGGAACCUCUCACUUCUCAAAUCCGUUUGCUCCAUCAAGUCCAGACAGGGCCAAGCAAACCAUCGAGGAAGACGUUGAGAUGGUCGAUUCUACGACUGGUCCCAAGACCAAGAAGAAGGGCACUGCCGCCCUGGUGAAGAAGCGCAAGUCUGGCAGCAAGAAGGCUGCCAAGGCUGCGAGGAAAGGCUCGACGGCUUCGGCGUCCGCUGCGAAGGCCGCGAGCUCAGCAGCAGGGGAUAGCGAUGACGGCUCCGACGCAGACGAGGAGUCAGAUCAUGGCCCCUACUGCAUUUGCCGUGGGCCAGACGACCACCGGUGGAUGAUCGGGUGCGAUGUCUGUGAGGACUGGUUUCACGGUGACUGCGUCAAUCUUGAUAAGACGAUUGGCGAGACACUCAUCCAACGCUACGUCUGUCCUAACUGCACCGACGGCAAAAGGAACAUGACACGAUACAAGAAGACCUGCUCUCUCGAGGGCUGCAAGAACGUUGCACGCGUCUAUAAUGCUGCGGAACCCAGCGUCUUUUGCAGUGACAGGCAUGCAGAGGAGUGGUGGGAGCAGCUCGUCGCCAGUCUCCCGCGCGAUCGCGAUUCCAAUAAGAAGAAUGACGGCCUCACGCGAGAGCAGUUCAUGGGACUUCUUAACAAAGCACCUACCAAACCGUCUGGAGAUCAAGGAUCGACUUGGAAGUUGGGCGAUGCUCCAUUCGGCGUACCUCCCGACUUCUGGAGUCGACCUGAGGCAAACUCCGCCCUAACAGAAGAGGAGUCCUCCUUCCUCAACGCAUCUGCGACAGAGCGCUACAUGCUCGCGGAGGAGAUCGUCCUCAACAAGAAGAUGCAACAGCUCCUCGACAUGGCCAGCGACCGCCGCAAAGCCGCCAUCUCGGCCGGCAAGCUCGAGUCCGACGGGUGCGGCUACGACGUGCGGCUCGACGUGGUCGGCGCGCCCGCGCAGUUCGCCGCCUUCCUGCAGAGCCCGCGCGGCGAGGCCAUCUUCAAGGCGGGCAAGCUGGACGUCGACCUGCCGCACCUGGCGGCGAGCGGCCGCGACGCCAGCUUCGGCAAGGCCGCCGACAGCAAGGACGACUACAAGGCGCUCGACCACCCGCUGACGGCGGGCAUGUGCGAGAAGCGCCGCUGCAAGCCGCACGCCGGCUGGCACGCGCUGUUCACCAAGGGCUGCCGCCACAGCAUUAAGGAGCUGGCGGCGCAGGCCAAGGAGAAGCUCGACGCCGAGACGCGCGUGCGCGACGCCGCUGCCACGCGCUUCUACCGCAAGAAGCGCGAGCAGAACCACGUCGAGGUCAUUGGGAGCGAUGACAGCGACCGGGACAUGAUGGAUUGA